GAACAAAAUUAUUCGUAUAAAACUUCAGAUGUUUUCCAUCAAGGGACAUCUCAAACUUUUGGUAUUACGUCAAAUUAUUAAGUACAUAUAUACAAUAUCAAUAAUAACAUGAAAAUAGAAAAUAUGGAAAAUCUUCAGCCAGGUGAUAAAGACAGGCAGGACAAUCAGAAUGAUUUACAAAAGGAAGUACCUAAUAUACCUAAUAACGAUGAAGAACUGAUGAUCGAGGAUAACGGACAUCGGAACAGAUCGUCGAAAACAAAAUGUCGAUGUAAAAAACGAAAACGAAGGUUGAGACUAUCUCGUAAUCCCUUUAUCAUCUUUUAUCUGAAGAUGUAUUUCGAAUCACCGUGUAAACGAGUGGUGGAUGUAGCUCGCGAGGCUGGUAAGAUAUGGUGUCGCAUGACUAGUGCACAAAAACAAAAGUAUAUCAGACUCGCGAGAAAAUUGCAAUGUAGAAAACGCUGAGAUAAAGGUGUCAAAGAAAAAAAAGGGAAUAAAUAACGUAGAAACUUCGAAACCUUCUAAUUUUCCGCGAUGAAACGUGGAAUGUACAAUAACGGAGAGAAAGAAAAAAAAAAAGAAUGAAAAGAAAGGAAAAUGUAACUCCAAGGAUCUUCCAUAUUAAAGGAUUUUGCAUUUGACUCGAAAAUUUUACUUAGACUUCAAAUAUAUGUAUAUUCAAUUAUAACAGUAGCAUCCUAAAUAUUAUCUAUAUUUUACUAUGUAUUUUACAAUAAAAUGUUUUAUAUAUA